AUGGUAGCACGGUAUUUGGGGGGAUUAAGACAGCCCUUGCAGGAUAUUCUUAGCCUUCAUUCGUUGUGGACAGUUUCUGAGGCAUAUCAGCGAGCACUUGCAGUAGAGAAACAGCAAAGUAGGAGGCCAGUGGUUAGAGGUGAAAGAAGUCAGCCAGUUCGCCCUCAAGAAUCUCGUCCUGCUUAUCAGUCACAGAGGGAUAGUUCCAGCUCAAGUAUUAAGUACUUUAGGUGUGAUGAACAGGGACAUAGGGCGACUGAUUGCAGGAAGCCUGCUGGUCAAAAGAAUAAAAAUCUUCUGAUUGAAGAGGAGGAGUUCGAGGAAGUUGGGGAACCCAUGUAUGAUGAGGGUGAAGAUGAGGACGUGCUAUAUGGAGAUGGUAAGGAGACCCUGGUCAUUCGAAAGAGCCUGCUGACUCCCAAGGGCGACUCAGGGAAUGAUUGGUUGAGGACCAAUGUUUUCCACACAACCUGCACAGUUGCUGAUAAAGUCUGUAAGCUGAUAAUUGAUAGUGGCAGUUGUGAGAAUGUAGUGCUUGAGAAGGCUAUCGAUAAAUUACAACUGAAGAUGGAUCGUCAUCCCAAACCAUACAAGUUGUCUUGGCUGAAUAAAGGCAAUGAGAAUGCUUAUUCUCUUAGCAUCAAAGAGAAGAGAAUUGUUUUGGUGCCUCACAGGGAAGGAAACAUUCUUGCCCCAGUAGUUAAAAACUCCAAUCUACUUUCUAUGUCCAGAAUUUCCAACAAAGUACAGCAACUACGGAUGGAGUUUUCUGACUUUAUUCCGGAGGGUCUUCCUCUAGGACUACCACCUAUGAGGGACAUUCAACAUCAGAUCAACCUCAUUCCGGGGUCGAGUCUACCAAACCAACCAGCAUAUCACCUCAGUCCCAAGGAAGAUGAAGAGUUGCAGCGACAGUUUCGAAGAAAGAUGGGUCAUGGCGUAUGUGUGUUGACUAACAGGAUUACGGUGAAGUACAGGUUUCCAAUUUCUCGUCUGGACGACAUGUUGGAUCAAUUGUCCGGUUCUAAGGUCUUCUCAAAUAUUGACCUUAAAAGUGGAUACCACCAGAUCAGAAUCAGGCCUGGAGAUGAGUGGAAGACCGCGUUCAAGACACAGCAUGGGUUGUACGAGUGGAUGGUCAUGCCCUUUGGACUAUCCAACACUGAGAAGGUAGAGGAUAGCUUUCAGUUGGUUAAGCAGAAGAUAUCGGAGGCCCCAGUCUUGGCACUUCCGAAUUUUGAAAAGGUGUUCGAGGUAAGCUAUGACGCGUCUGGAGUUGGUAUUGAUGGUGUUCUGAGUCAGGAGAGACGUCCGGUAGCCUUUUUUAGUGAGAAGCUAUCGGGAUCGAAGAAAAAUUAUUCCACUUAUGACCUGGAGUUCUAUGCCAUAGUUCAGACUCUGAAGCAUUGGCGCCAUUACCUGGUACAGAGGGAGUUCAUCCUUGUUACUAAUCAUAAGGCUUUGAAGUACAUUAAUGGUCAACACAAGCUGAGUAGGCGACAUGCAAAGUGGAUGGCGUAUUUGCAGGAGUUUACUUUCACACUCAAGCAUCAAGCAGGGAGUUUGAAUCGAGUAGCAGAUGCAUUGAGCCGUCGCACAUUACUCCUCACCACCAUGAGCACCAAGAUUGUCGGAUUUGAGGCAUUUCCUCAUAUGCAUGCUGUGGAUCCUUCAUUUGGAAAGAUAAUUCGGGAGAUUAUUAGCGAACUUCAUAACGAAGGACAUUUUAGGCGAGACAAGACAUUAGCAUUGGUCUCUUUUGAUUAUUGCUGGCCCAAGUUGAGCAGUGAUGUGGCGCAUUAUGUGGAGCGGUGUUAUGUGUGUCAGCGGUCUAAAGGGGCUCUUACUAAUGCUGGAUUGUACACACCAUUACCCGUACCUGAAGUUCCUUGGUUUGAUGUCAGUAUGGAUUUUAUCUUGGGCUUACCUCGUACACAGCAGGCGAUGGAUUCCAUUCUUGUUGUGGUUGACAUAUUUUCAGAGAUGGCUCAUUUUGUGGCUUGCCAGAAGACAAUGGAUGCUACACGAAUUGCUCAUCUUUAUUUCAGAGAGAUUGUACGUUUAUAUGGUGUUCUACAGUCAAUUACUUCUGAUCAUGACACUAAGUUUAUGAGUCAUUUCUGGAGGAGUUUGUGGGAGAAACUUGGAACGAAAUUGAAUUUUAGCAGCGCAUACCAUCCCCAAACAGAUGGUCAGAAUGAGGUGGUGAAUCGGAGUUUGGGAAAUCUUUUGAGAAGCUUAGCCAGGCCUAAACCGAAGCAGUGGGAUUUGGCAUUACCUAAAGCAGAGUUUGCUUAUAAUCGGUCGAGGAACAGAACCACCAGACUGAAUCCUUUUGAAAUUGUCUAUGGUCGGAACCCAUCCGGAGUACUUGAUUUGGCUCCGAUUCCACGUGUGGGUCGCUUCAAUAACAAAGUUGAUGAGAUGGCUGAACAUCUUCGAGGUAUCCAUGAGCAGGUGAAGCUGUCCAUACAAGAUAGCAAUACUAAGUACAAAGUUCGGGCAGAUAGUCAUCGACGCCAGGUGUUGUUUGAUGUUGGUGAUUUUGUUUGGGCAGUAUUAACUCUUGAUCGUUUUCUAGCUGGGGAAUACAAUAAGCUAAAGGAGUUGAAGAUUGGACCUUGUGAAGUGCUGCAGAAGAUCAAUGAUAAUGCUUACAGAUUGUGCCUCCCGAGCCAUUUGAAGACCUCUGACGUCUUCAAUGUAAAACACCUAAGCCCUUGUUUUAUGGAGUCCGAUGAAGUUACUGUGAACUCGAGGGCGAGUUCUUUCCAACCCGGGGUGACUGAUGCAGGACGAUCCGAGUCGAGUGAUGCUGAUUUUUUUGAAAACCCGUAUCACCAUCAUGCUCGAGUUUGGGAGCAUCGUGGACGGGAGGAUCGUCAUGUGGAUCUCGGUUUCAGAAUGGAUCUACUCGAGUUUUCUGGUACGUUGCAGGCUGAAGGAUUUAUUGAUUGGCUAAAUGAAGUGGAGCAAAUUUUUAAAUAUAAGGAGGUUCCAGAUCGUGUCAAAGUGAAACUAGUCACCAUCAAACUCAAAGGUAGGGCAUCUGCAUGGUGGGAACAGUUGAACCGUUCAUGGAACUGA